CAAACAGCUGUUAGUAUUUUUGUUUUUAAAGGUUAACUUGUUGUGUCCCGUUUCUAUAUUUUAAUUUAUGGACUAAACUUUGAAUUGCUGAAUUACUAAUCAUGUUCGCUAAAUAAGCCAACCGAUUUCACCCUUACUAAUACAGACUAAUCAAUGAACAAUGAAUUACGAGCGUCUGGAUUUAACGAUGAAUCCGCAAGAGGAAGUUCGCUGUAGGCAUAAAUUUCGUAGUGUCAUCAAAGAGACUCGAAGUCAGACUCACUUCUCCAAGCACGAGUGCGAGGCGCUGCUCCUCAUCCACUACAAGCUGACCAGGAACAGACCUCUGGACCGCAAAUACUUUCGUAGGGUUAUGUACACUCUGCUGAACUUCAACAACGAGAUUCUGAUUGAGAACAUAUUCUCGGUUUUCGACAGGCACAACAAACUGGUCAUAACGAUGGAGUCCUGGCUCGUGGGUAUGUCCGUACUCCUGCGCGGAAAUCUGGAAGAAAAGAUCAGUUUCUGUUUUAAGGUCUACGACUUGAUGGGAGAAGGGUCCAUCAAAAAAGAGUACAUGUUCCGGUUACUGAAGCACACAUUUCGUGGCAACCUGCUCGGCGAGGAUCCCGAGGAGUUAGUCAAGGACAUGAUCGACAUGGUUAUGAACAAGAUGGACCUCGACAGAGACGGCGUCCUGUCGUUCGAGGACUAUAAGCAAUCGGUCAAGAAGAACAACGACCUACUAGAGAUCCUAGGAUACUGUCUUCCCUCCCGCCCGGCCGUGUAUGCCUUCAUGUCCACCUUUACGCCAAACGUGUCUACUAUGCAUGGUAAACUACUCCCAUCCAGAUCAAGAUUAAAGAUAAAAGAUUUUUAAAUUAACAGAUAAUAUUGUUUUAAGCCUAAAUCUAAUUUACGAUUUACGAAUAAACGUUAUUUUACAUAAUUUACAA